AUGCAGGCUUUGAGGGUGAUGGCAGUCAAUGCCGCUCUGCUCCCAAGUCUGGCACUGUUUGAGGAGACCCUCACUUCCAAACUUGGAAUGGGAAAUGCCUACAUGGGACCCUGUGAUCUCAUUCUUCUGGAUGCCCCCAAGUUUGAGGAUGGAUUCCCUCUGUUGGUGGUCAUUCGGACCACAACUAGAUGCGAUUACAGCUAUGUGGAAAGUGCAGCCAUUAAGAUUGGAAAUGACAUCUUGGAGGUUGCCAGUUUCGGAGAACACUUUUUGAAUGGAGUGGAUGGAGCCGACCUGGCCCACGAGGACAUUUUCUUGGGUCCUUUUCCGGUUCACUACAAGCAAGUUGAUAUCCGAACCCAUACCUUUGACAUUUCCGUGGGUGGUGGGGAAACUAUUACCCUCAAGAGCUACAAGGAGCUUGCCUCUGUCAAGCUGGACAAGGCUGAUGCCCAGCGGUUCUUGGGGAGCCAAGGAAUGCUAGGAGAUUAUGCAACUGGAGAGACCAUGUCUCGGGAUGGGACCAUGGUUGUUACCGACCCUGACCUUCUUGCCGCCGAGUGGCAAGUCCAUCCGGAGGAUGAUGGUUUGGUGUUUCAGACUGCACAAGCCCCUCAGUAUCCCCAGUCCUGUGAGCUCCCACACCAAUCCAAAACCACCAAAAGCAGACGUCUUGGUGAAUCGACUGUUCCUGAAGAUGAUGCAAGAAAUGCCUGUGCUGGGGCAACCAACAUGGAUGGCUGUGUGCAUGAUGUCUUGGCUACAGGAGAUUUGGAACUUGCCUCUGUGGUAUGGUAG